AUGGCUUUUGCAGGAAAGGUCAUAGCAAUCACUGGAGGUGCACAGGGCAUCGGUUUAGCAACGGCAAGGCUGGUUGCGAGCAGGGGCGCCUCCACUAGCAUACUCGACAACAACCCAACAACACUUGAGUCUGUGGAGAAGGAGUUCAUUGCAAACAAAUGGCCGAUUCACACAUUUACUGCAGAUAUCCGUCAAGCUGACCAGGUUGAUGCUUGGAUCGAGAGUGCCGUGAAGAGAUUCGGCCGUCUCGAUGGUGCGGUCAACGCUGCCGGAACAGUCGGGAAGUUUCAUGGCCAGAAGCCAAUAGCGCUUCUAGAUGACGACGAUUGGAACCUCGUUAUGGGUAUCAACGUCAACGGCGCUCCAGGUUGUGCGCCAUAUGCAACAUCCAAGCACGCCGUUAUCGGACUGACUAUGAGUGCCGCCCAUGAUUACGGAUCUCAUGGUAUAAGGAUCAACGUCGUGUCGCCAGGUGGGACUCAUGGGCCGUUGAUGAAGAGCGUGGUUGGUGACAUGCCUCCUCCACCUCCCUCUGUCUUGGGAAAGUACGGACAGCCUGAAGAGGUCGCUUUGCAGAUUGCGUGGCUUCUGGGGCCUGAGAGCACUCAUAGCUCGGGCAGUAUUUUCCGGGUUGAUGGCGGGGAGUUUUGUUAG